AUGUGUUACUAUGGCAGCUACUAUGGAGGCCUGGGUUAUGGCUAUGGUAGUCUAGGCUGUGGUUAUGGCUGUGGCUAUGGUGGCUAUGCAGGCUGUGGUGGAUAUGGUGGAUAUGGUGGCUAUGGUUAUGGUUGCUGCCGCCCACUGUGCUGUAGAAGGUACUGGUCUUAUGGCUUCUACUGA